UUCGUUACUAAUUUCCCCUUGUAACACUAAAACAAAUUUGAAAAAUUAGUAGCGGAGGCGUUGACUUGCGCACUACUUUUCUGCCAGUGGCUACAGAGCUUUUGCGUCGGCCGACUGUUGUCUCGGUCAAAUCCAGCAAUCAACCAUGGCGGACCAACUGACUGAGGAACAAAUCGCUGAGUUCAAAGAGGCGUUUUCGUUGUUCGACAAAGACGGCGAUGGCACUAUCACCACCAAAGAAUUGGGUACCGUGAUGCGGUCUCUCGGACAGAACCCUACCGAAGCCGAACUCCAGGACAUGAUCAACGAAGUUGACGCUGACGGUAAUGGUACCAUCGACUUUCCUGAGUUCCUGACGAUGAUGGCGCGCAAAAUGAAGGACACAGACUCCGAGGAAGAAAUCCGUGAGGCCUUCAGGGUUUUUGAUAAGGAUGGCAACGGUUUCAUUUCGGCUGCAGAGCUCAGGCAUGUAAUGACCAACUUGGGUGAGAAGCUGACUGAUGAAGAGGUGGACGAGAUGAUCCGCGAAGCGGACAUUGAUGGUGACGGUCAGGUCAAUUAUGAGGAGUUCGUCACCAUGAUGACCUCCAAGUGAGGUGCCUGCCGGCCCUAAUUUAUUACUCGAAACACAUUCCACCACAGUCAUUUUUACAUUUCCAAAGAUAAAACACAAAACCACACACACACUUACACAACACACUCAUCAAUGAAUCACUCACCGAGGAAAUUGGUUGGUUGAUUGGUCGGUCCGGCCCCGACAGGGCCAAGUCCAGAGCGAGUCGACUUUUCGGUCACAAAAUUGUAAAACAACUACUAAAUAAAUGUUAAGGAGUUAAAUUAA